AUGAGUGAAAAAACUAGUAUCGUCCUUUUUGGACUAACUGGGCAGGGAAAGUCCUCUAUUGCAAACAUGCUGAUUCAAGGUGAUAUUUACCAUAAUAAAGACAAUUCGUUUAAAAUUAAUAACAAGGUGGAAGGUGCGAGUUUUCAGAUACAAUGUUGUAUGAAUAACGAAUUUAUAGUAUACGAUACGGUUGGAAUAUGUGAACCAGAUACUGGAAGUGUUCCGCAUACGGAGGCUGUCGAAAAAUUAAGAAAUUAUUUUUCUACAUGUGAGGUGCCACUCAACUAUAUAGCUUUCGUUAAAAAGAAAGAUAGAUGGACCGAACAAGAUUGUAGUAACUUCAAAAUAUUUAAAGAGAUCUUUAAGGAAAGUGAGAAAAUUAUCAUCAUCAUUAUCACUGAAUGUAAACAGAAAUGGGUUGAUGAAAACAUAAAUACAUUAAGGAAGAAUGUUGGAACUUAUCCGAUUAUUCCGGUCGAUUUUCCUUUUGAAGAUGCUGAAGAUGAAGAUGAUGUUGUAUUUCAAGAAAGAAAAAGAAAACAAAGUAUUCAAAUUUUGACUGAAAGUCUUUCGCGUUUAAAUUACAAACCUAUGAAACUACAAGUACUUAGCUCGAACAUGACUUUCGAGACUAAAGUAGAUAAGAUCCUUGAAAUCGUACCAGUAGCUGGAUCGACGUACAAUCUGAUUUCUUCUGGUGUUUACUAUAAACUCGGAAAGCAAAACUUGGCAGAAGAACGGUUUAUAAAUGGAGUUGAAGGGGCUGUUUUGGAUGCUAUGAGUUUUGGUAUUGGUACAGUAGCUUCAAGUUCCGGUAAGGUUGUAACUGCAAAUGCCGGUAAUGUUGCUACUAAUAUUGCUGGAGAAAAUGUCGGUAAUUUAGGUAAUUUAGUUAAUCGAAUUGGUGUUGUACCCGAUACAGUAGCAGCAGCUACUAAAGGUAUGAAAACAAAUAUUUUAUCAAAAGUUGGAAGUUCGCUUUCAAAAACCAUUUUAUGA